AUGCCAAAGAACAAUCCCAUAAGUGAAAGUCUAACAUACGAGGGGGCUGAUGUCGACAUUGAUGUUAGCUCCGAACUUGUUUAUGGGAUUGCCAAAAUGGUAUUGGGAAUUGGUGGCUCAUACCUACUUGUCGGUACACAUGGGGUGAGAACUAAACUUAAGCUAGUAUUUGAAACUGGAAUCCAGGAAACUAUUGGGGUUGAUCUGGUUGCGAUGAGUGUCAACAACAUAUUUACUUCUGGAUUAUUUUUCCUCAAUGCUAGUAGGCAGUAUCUUUGGGUAUUGCCGUUAAAGAACAGCCCAUUGUCGAUCGAAGUCUCUAUGAGAGGGAUUGAUUUGAAAGGUGGGAGGACUCUUACUUGGUGGUUCGAUUUUUGCAAAGAUAUAGAGAGUAGAUCACAGGUAGGUUAUAUGGAUUUUGGCCAAUAUGAUUUUUACAAUUACUUUGUUGAUGAAAAAAGCAAGGGAAGAAUGGAGGCCAUGGUGAUUGGAGAGGAUCCAGUUAGAAUUGCCAUGGUUGGAAAAUACACUGGCCUUUCAGGUUCUUACCUCUCUGUUUUAAAGGCUCUUUUGCAUGCUUCUGUCGCUUGCUGUCGGAAGCUUAAUGUAGAAUGGGUUGCAACUUGUGACCUUGAAGACAAGACUGGUGAAGAGAUCCCUUAUGUUUAUAAAAUAGCAUGGAAUUGUUUAAAUGAUACUGAUCGUGCAGAGGUUGUGCUUUUUGGCGAGCUUGUUGGCAUGCAUUUGGAUGGAAAUGCAUUCAUUGUUCUGGCCAGUGUUGGGGUAUCAUGGGUUUCUAAAGCUUACAUGCUAGCAUAUAUAUCUUUGGGUAAAAAGAUUAUACUUGUUUUUUACCCCUAUGGUUGGACAUUUGAUGUUAGUUUUGUGAGUGGAUAA